AUGCUGAUCAAGAAAAGAAGCCCCCAGGCCCGGGCCGGGGCCGUGCCCCGCAGACAGCGCCAGGCGGCCACCAGCAGCACCAGCACCAGCAACACUGCGGCCAUGCUGGGCCUGGCCCCGGCAGGAGCUGAACCAAGCCACCGCCCCGCCACGGGACUGGAGGGUUUUUUUGCCCACUCCGACACCACAGGGAGCCGUCCCGGGGACAGCGGAACCUCCGCAGGGGGAGGCCGGGCCAUGCCCCCGCCCCGGCCCCGGGCGGGGCUGCCCCGUGCCCGGCCCCGGCCGUCCCGCCGCGGUCUCGCCUUCGCCCGGCUCUGGCCGUACUGGCGGUGGCGCUGCUGGGCGGGCAUCAGUGCCUGGUGCGGGGGCGGCAUCGCCGCCCUUCGGCUCCGCCUGGCCCGAGCCCGGCCCCGGACCCGAGGCAGGGUCCAGUCCCGACCCCGGCCCCGGCCCCGGCUCCUCCCGGGGCCCGCGGAGGACACACGCGGCGCGGCCGCUCCCGCCGCCUCCGCUGCGGCUUCCCCGGCCCGAGCUCCGCCGCUCGGCAGCGCGGCCUCCGGCCCCGAGCCGCCGAGGCCCGGGGCGGGUGGGGAUGCCGGGCCCGGGGCGGGUGAGGGGCGCUCGGGGGCCGUUGCUGGCCCCGGGCCGAGCGCUGACCGCCGCGUCCCGCCCGCAGGGAAGGCGCAGGAGGCCCUGCAGGAGCGGUACCGGCUGGGUUCGCUGCUGGGCCGCGGCGGCUUCGGCAGCGUCUUCGCGGCCACGCGGCUCUCGGACGGCGCCCCGGUGGCCAUCAAACGCGUGCCGCGGGAUCGCAUCCGGCACUGGGGCGAGCUGCCCGACGGCACCAGCGCACCCCUGGAGAUCAUGCUGCUGGCCAAGGUAUCCCGUGGCUGUGGCAGUGUCAUUCAGCUCCUGGAGUGGCUUGAGCUCCCCGACAGCUUCCUGCUGGUGCUGGAGCGUCCGGAGCGGUGCCAGGAGCUCUCGGGUUUCCUGGCGGAGCGAGGGUUCCUGCCAGAGGAGGAGGCGCGGGAGCUGUUCCGCCAGGUGCUGGAGGCCGUGCGGCACUGCACCAGCUGCGGGGUCCUGCACCGGGACAUCAAGCCCGAGAACAUCCUGCUCGACCUGGCCAGCGGGCAGCUGAAACUGAUCGACUUUGGCUGUGGCGCCUUCCUCCAAGACACAGCCUACACCCAGUUUGCAGGAACCCUGUCCUACAGCCCACCAGAGUGGAUCCAGCACCAGCGCUACCACGGCGAGGCAGCCACGAUCUGGUCCCUGGGCCUCCUGCUGUGCCACCUGGUCAUGGGGAAGCACCCGUUCAGGAGGGGCCAGGAGAUCAUCCGGGGGCGGAUCUUGUUCCCACGAUGGCUCUCUCAAGCGUGCCAAGAUGUCAUUAAGAGGUGUUUGUCCAUGCAACCCUCGGACAGGCCAUCCUUAGAAGAUCUUUUCUGUCAUCCUUGGGUGAAGGAUGUUUCCCUGCCCUAG